GCCGGAAUGGGGGUCCUCCAUGGUUCUCACCAGGUCUCACCAGUACAGCCAUGCUGGGAAGGAGUUAACAGCGACAAAGAUCCCACCCUGGCCCCGCUCCCUUCCUCUUCAGCAGCCUGGCCCCUCCUGGCUUUUCCUCCUUCCUGAGCAUUGUGACGGGACGUAGGUGUAAGUGAGAGGCAGGGGCUCGGCUGGGCUGUGAGGUCUCCAGAUGCUGGGAAGUGCGGCACCCCAGUGCCUGGGGAACAUGGGCACCCUGCCGCGGAGGGUCGCGCUCGGCACCAGGACCAGGUGGCAGCCCAUGUCCGGUACCAUCCGACGUCUCCAAGAAGGCACCAUGGAGACAUCUGGCAGGACCCCCACCAGCUCAAGCCACAGAGUCCAGACUGUCAUCCAGAACAGCUCCCUGGACCUGAUCGACACGGGCAAGGGGCUGAAAGUGCAGACAGAGAAACCACAUUUGGUGAGCCUGGGCAGCGGUCGACUCAGCACUGCCAUCACACUUCUGCCCCUGGAGGAAGGAAGGACCACCAUUGGCACGGCUGCGACAGACAUCGUCCUGCAGGGCCCCGGGCUGGCGCCCCAGCACUGCUACAUCGAGAACGUGCGAGGGACACUCACCCUGCACCCCUGUGGCAACGCCUGUGCCAUUGAUGGUGUGCCACUCCAGCGGCCCAUGCACCUCACCCAAGGGUGCACCAUCUGCCUGGGCCAGGCCACCUUCCUGCGCUUCAACCACCCUGCUGAGGCCAAGUGGAUUAAGAGCAUGAUCCCAGCGGGUGGCAGAAACCCAUCGGCUCUCUAUGGGCUACCAGCAAAAUCCGAGGCCCUGGUGAAUGGUGGCCACCAGCUGUCAGAGCGUGGGUGUCACAGCCACAGCUCCCUUGUCAGCUCCAUCGAGAAGGACCUGCAGGACAUCAUGGACUCGCUGGUGCUGGAGGAGUCGGGGUCCUCUGGCAUCCAGAAGCCGCCUGCCUGCAGCCAAUCCCCCCUCUCCCCUGUGGUGAAUGGGGGUGGGCGCUGCCUCCUGUCCCCUCCAUCCAGCCCUGGGGCUGCCUCAGGGGGCUCCAGCUAUGAGAACUUCUCUCCCCUCUCCUCCCCAGCCAGCAGCAGCAGCUACACCAGCCCCUCACUCAGCAGCCAAGAGCAAGGCCCAGCCGUGCCGCCCCCUCUCCCACUUCGCUCCUCCAGCUACAACCAUACUGUCCAGCCCCCCGCUCUGCCUGCUGCGGGUUCUAGUGAGCCUUGGCCAGCCGAGAGGCUCGGGGACCACAGGGGGGGCAGCCCUCGGCUGACGCCCAGGGUGGCACCGCGGCCACGGGUGGCCCUGCAGGAGCGGCCCCCCAGUCCCUUCCGGGAGCCACGGGACUCUCUGGCCCCGAGCCGGCAGCCCACCAGCAGCAGGGCGGUCCCAGAGGCCCGGCUGCAGCUCCCCGAGAGCCCACGGGUUGCCCGGAGGAACAUUGAGAGCAUGCGGGAGCUGCCUCCCCUGAGUCCCUCCUUGUCACGCCGGGCUGCCAGCCCCCGAGUGGCCCCUGACACCCCCUCCCCACAGCCACGGCUGGGCAGGGAAGUGCCUGGCAGUCCCCGUGCCAGGCGCAAGGGCCCGGAGGAGUCAAAAGGUGCUGGGGGUCCUUCACCCCCGCUGCUGUCAGAGAACCCCACACGCCGUCCCAGUUUCAGUACUUGCCUGAGCCCCGCAUACGGGCUGGGCUCCCCAGCUGUGCCCUCGCCCCGGCAGAGCCCCCGCACCCCCAGGAAGCCUUUGGGGGACCCACAGCUGCCAGUGGGGUCACGGGAGCGCAAGAACAGCAUCACUGAGAUCAGUGACAACGAGGAUGAAUUGCUGGAGUACCAUCGGCGGCAGCGGCAGGAGCGGGUUCGGGAGCAGGAGAUGGAGCGCCUGGAGCGGCAACGCCUGGAGACCAUCCUGAACCUCUGUGCUGAGUACACCAAGACAGACAGCACCGUGCCAGGUGACAUGCACAGGCUCCUAGCUGGUGACACAGAUGCUGGCCAGUGGGUGCCCAGGGGUGCCAUGGCUCUGGGCCAUGCUGUCGAAGAGCUGCAGCAGAGGGAGAGCGUGGAGAGGUCGGAUGAGGAGAACCUGAAGGAGGAGUGCAGCAGCACUGAGAGUACCCACCACGAGCACGAGAAGCUGACAGGCCCCCGGGCCAAGGAGGCACAGCGGCUGGAGGAGGAGCGUGCCGGUGUCCUCGGACGCCUGGACCAGCUGAAGGGUCGUGUCAAGGAGCUGGAGCAGCAGCUGCAGGAGACAUCGCAAGAGGCAGAGAUGGAGCAGGCACUGCUGCAGGGUGAGCGGGAAUCAGAGGUGGUGCGGCUGCGGCAGGAGCAGGAAGCGGUGCAGCAGCUGAAGGAGAAGCUCUCCAGCCUGGACACCAACAUCCGCAAGGAGCGGGACAAGGAAAGGGCAAAGGUUGAUGCUGAAAGGAAGGAGCUAGAGCAACUCCAGGCGCUUUACCAUGAGUCGAAGAGUCACCUUGAUAAGUGCCCUGAGUCAAUGCGGGAGCAAUUGCAGGAGCAGAUGCGAAGGGAGGCAGAGGCACUGGAGACAGAGGCCAAGCUGUUUGAGGACCUGGAGUUUCAGCAGCUGGAGCGAGAGAGCCACCUUGAAGAGGAGCGCGAGGCACGAGGCCAGCAGCUCCUGCAGAGCCGGGCUGAGUGCCACCGGAGCAUUGCCCGCAGGAAGGAGCGGGUGGCUGCCCUGGAUGCCCAGGCUGCCCAGAUUCGGCUGCAGAGUGCCCAGGAGGCCGAGCGCCUGGCCAGGGAGCGGAGCAGUGUCCUGCAGCUCCUGCAGAAGGAGAAGGAGAAGCUCGUAUCUCUGGAGAGGCGAUACCAGAUUGUCACAGGUGGCAGGAGCUUCCCAAAAAUGUCUUCAGCUCUCCGAGAGGAGACCCUCCACAUCUCAGAACCUUAUGAGCUGUUGGAGGGAACUAAGCCCCUGAGCCCCCUGCCAGUAGCAGCUGCCUCCUUAGCUUCUCCUGCCACCUACUCGUACCCCAAGGCACAAGAGGUCUAUCGUGCAAAAACAGAGGGUACUGCUGGUGUCCUCACCCCUCGGAUGAAGAGUGGGACCCCUUCAUCCUCACAGCUCAACCUCUCCGUGCUGGAGCGCAGCCCCUCCCCUAAGGGCCCCCCCAGCCCGGCAGGCAGCCUGUCCCGCAACCUGGUGGCCACGCUGCAGGACAUCGAGACCAAGCGCCAGCUGGCCCUGCAGCAGAAGGCCAAGCUGCUCCCAGCAGAGCCCUUGCAGCCAGGCAAUCCACCAGGUCGACAGGUGAUUGAGGAGCAGAAACGGCGGCUCGCAGAGCUGAAGCAGAAAGCAGCUGCUGAGGCGCAGUCCCAGUGGGAAGCUCUGCAUGGGCAGCCCCCCUUCCCCACUGCCUUCCCCCGGCUUGUGCACCACUCCAUCCUCCACCACAGCCGUCCCCAUGGUGCCGGGCCCCGGGCUGAGGAGCUGGACCAUGCAUAUGACACGCUCAGCUUGGAGAGCUCGGACAGCAUGGACACCAGCAUCUCCAUCGGCAACAACUCUGCAUGCUCACCUGACAACAUCUCCAGUGCCAGUGGGAUGGAGACAGGAAAGAUUGAGGAGAUGGAGAAGAUGCUGAAGGAGGCACACGAGGAGAAGUCGCGGUUGAUGGAGUCCCGGGAGCGAGAAAUGGAGCUGCGUCAACAGGCGCUGGAGGAUGAGCGCUGGCGGCGGGAGCAGCUGGAACGCCGACUGCAGGAUGAGACUGUGCGGCGGCAGAAGCUGGUGGAGAAGGAGGUCAAGCUGCGGGAGAAGCACUUCUCACAGGCUCGUCCCCUGACACGGUACCUCCCCAUCCGCAAGGAGGAUUUCAACCUGCGGCUGCACAUCGAAUCCUCAGGCCACAAUGUUGACACCUGCUACCACAUCAUCCUGACAGAGAAGAUGUGUAAGGGCUACCUGGUCAAGAUGGGCGGGAAGAUCAAAUCUUGGAAGAAGCGCUGGUUUGUCUUUGACCGCAUGAAGCGCACCCUCUCCUACUACGUGGAUAAACAUGAGACAAAGCUGAAGGGUGUUAUCUACUUCCAAGCCAUUGAAGAGGUUUACUAUGACCACCUCCGCAGUGCUGCAAAGAGCCCCAAUCCUGCGCUCACUUUCUGUGUCAAGACCCACGACCGACUCUACUACAUGGUGGCACCAUCAGCCGAGGCCAUGCGCAUCUGGAUGGACGUCAUUGUCACUGGGGCAGAGGGCUAUACCCAGUUCAUGAACUGAGGGCGGUGCUGUGCACCCCAGAUCCACCAGCUGCAUGGACUUCCGAGCAUCCCAAGCAGCGAGGAGCUCCUGAGGGGACCACGGUCCCUGCCUCAUGCCAAGGGCUGUGCACACCAAGGUCGUGGACCUGCACUGGGCGCAGCUGGGUGGUCCUGAGUGUUGCCUGUCUAGGCAAGGGAAUAAGUUUUUUUUUUUAUGUUGACUUUCUAGAAACUUUAUUGGAACAAUAUCAAAGUGCUGAAAUGUAAAAAGUUGCCAAAGAGCUGCUGGGCCCCGAGCUGUCUGCCUUGGGGAGGUGAUGGUAUUGAGGCUGAUGCAGAUAGUUGCUGCCAUAGUGUUCCAGGGGAGGAGAUGGUGAGGCCAUGCAGUGCCCCCAGCAGGAUGUCCCACCGUGGUAGACUCAGAGCCCUUUUUGUAAACCUUUUGUAAUUACGGAUCAUUGUCCCCCCUGUGCUGGGGCCAGAUGAGGAUUGUGGCGCGGGCUGCCCGGUCAUAAAGCAUUUCG